UAAGAGUUUGAAUCUGUGUUACUUCCUCUUGUAUAUUCCGCUUUCUAUGUCUCCUCCAUAAAGAAUUAGAUAAGUUUGGCAUAGGUCCUUUUUGGAUAUAUGCAAUUAGACCUAAUCUUUUAGUUGAAGCCAGUAUUAAAAUUGGAGAUGUUAUGUAUCUUAACUGUUUCUAAUGGUUUCAACUCUAACAAUCGGGCAUAAUUAUCUUUUCCUUUAAAAUUAGUCACCCCUAUUAUUUGAAUUCAUGUUUACAAGCUAAUUUUGCAGAUGGCAGAUGUAGCCAAGGAUCUAAUUUCUGGGACUGUUGGAGGGGCCGCGCAAUUGAUAGUUGGGCACCCAUUUGACACCAUAAAGGUCAAGCUCCAAAGCCAGCCUACUCCACUCCCAGGCCAACCUCCCAAGUAUUCUGGUGCAAUCGAUUCUGUCAAGCAAACUAUCGAAGCUGAAGGUCCAAGGGGAUUGUGCAAGGGUAUGGGGGUGCCUCUUGCAACUGUGGCAGCUUUCAAUGCCCUCCUCUUUACUGUUAGAGGACAAAUGGAGGCAUUACUGAGGUCUAAACCUGGUGAACCCCUUACAGUUUACCAGCAGAAUAUUGCUGGAGUUGCUGUUUCAUUUCUUGCUUGCCCCACUGAGUUGAUUAAAUGCAGAUUGCAAGCGCAAAAUGCAUUAGCAGUUUCUGGUUCAGCCAUUGUGGCAGUGAAGUAUGGUGGACCAAUGGAUGUUGCUAGGCAUGUUCUCAAAUCAGAAGGUGGUGUAGGGGGUCUUUUCAAGGGCUUGGUACCCACAAUGGCAAGGGAGGUUCCUGGAAAUGCUACUGUGUUUGCCGUCUACGAAGGACUGAAACAGUACAUGGCUGGAGGCCAGGACACUUCUCAGUUGGGAAAAGGCUCUUUAAUAGUUGCAGGAGGUUUAGCUGGUGCUUCAUUCUGGGCAGCUGUCUACCCGACUGACGUUGUAAAGAGCGUUAUUCAGGUGGAUGACUACAAAAAUCCCAAAUUCUCUGGUUUCAUGGUGGCUUUUAGAAAGAUCCUAAAAGCAGAAGGUGUCAAAGGCUUGUACAAGGGUUUUGGCCGUGCAAUGGCUAGAAGUGUUCCUGCAAAUUCAGCAUGCUUCUUGGUGUAUGAGGUGACAAGGUCUAGUUUGGGGUAAUUCUAUUGUCAGUCACAGGUUGCCGGCCAAUGGUUUGGGUGAAAAUUAGCACUGUUAUCAUAUUGCUCUUUUAAAAGCCACCUUCUAGUCAUUGAAUGAUGCCUCUUCAAUUAAAAGAAUGCUUUAGCAAUAUGGUAACAGGCUCCUUCAAGUUUUCUUCAAAUUUUAUUUGUGUUCUGGUAGAAACAUUCUUUUGAAAAUAACUUACAGAACUAACUCCUUUUUACAGUU